GUGAAGUUCGAUCGUUGGAACUUUUUGGCUGCGUUAUAUACUGACUGUUAUAAAUAUUCAUCAUCACCUCAAUAACUUUUACAUACAUUUUAUUAUUUUACUACAACUGUUUACUUUUUUAUCACUAGCUUGCAGUGCUGUCGAUAAUUACCGGUGUUAUAUUUUAUAUUUUAAAUAAAACCGAUAACUAAAAUUCUUAUUGUUGUCCAUUGGUUAACUCUUCAGGAUUAUCCACGUCUUAGCCUACUGUCCACGAGGUUAAAACGUCUGAUAAGUCUGCAGUAAAAUAAAAAAGAGUAACCACGAAAAACAAUAAAAGUAAACGUAAAAAAAAGCAACGUACUAAAAUGCCAGCGAGGUUUGAAAGUGUAAACAAUCCAAUAAUGCGCGACCAAUCGAUUUCAAAUGGCGUUUCAUAUUCAGCAGACAAUGAGAUUGUAAUUACCGGUUUCUCCGGUCGUCUGCCGGAGUCGGAAAAUAUUGAAGAAUUCAAGAGAAAUUUAUUUGACGGAAUAGAUCUGGUGACUGAUGACGAGCGACGAUGGCCGCGAGGACUUCACGGUUUGCCAGCACGUUCAGGCAAACUAAAAGAUUUGGCUUCUUUCGACGCGACUUUCUUUGGAGUCCAUGCUAAGCAAGCGACGGUGAUGGAUCCUCAGCUGCGAAUGCUUCUGGAACUGACACACGAGGCAAUCGUUGAUGCUGGUAUAAAUCCCACUGAAAUACGCGGCUCAAAAACAGGUGUUUUUGUCGGUGUAUCAGACUCCGAGUCUGAUGAAUUCUGGACCGCUGACCCGGAUAUGGUCAAUGGGUACGGACUUACUGGUUGCUGCCGUGCCAUGUUUCCCAACAGAAUUUCUUACACGUUUGAUUUAACUGGCCCGUCAUUCGCAGUCGACACAGCUUGUUCUUCAUCACUGUACGCGAUGCACCAAGCAGUCAUGUCUAUGAGAACUGGACUCUGUGAUGCGGCGAUAGUUGCUGGAGUUAAUUUAGUUCUAAAGCCCACCAGUUCACUGCAAUUCCAUCGCUUGAGUAUGUUGUCACCUGACGGCAAGUGCAAAGCCUUUGAUGAAUCAGGAAACGGAUAUGUGCGCGCAGAAGCUGCGGUAGUUAUUUACUUGCAGAAAGCUCGUGAUGCUCGACGAGUUUACGCUACGGUUGUAAACUCUAAAAUAAACGUCGACGGCUACAAAGUCCAGGGAAUAACUUAUCCGUCUGGGGAUAUGCAGAACCAGUUGAUGAGAGAAGUUUACGCUGAAGCUGAUAUUGAUCCGCGUGAAGUAGUUUAUGUAGAGGCACAUGGAACGGGAACUAAAGUUGGAGAUCCACAGGAAGUUAACUCGAUUGCUAAUUUAUUUUGUAAAGACCGCAGGUCGCCGCUGCUCAUGGGCUCCGUCAAGUCAAACAUGGGACACUCAGAACCUGCAAGUGGUCUCUGUUCGAUCGCCAAAAUGCUUAUUGCUAUGGAAGCUGGUAUUAUUCCUGCUAACUUACACUUUAAUACUCCAAAUCCAGACAUACCGGCACUUAAUGACGGAAGGAUCCAAGUUGUUGACAAAGCAACGCUCUGGAACGGCGGACUUAUCGCUAUAAAUUCAUUUGGGUUUGGUGGUGCAAAUGCCCACGUUAUUUUAAGAAGCAAUCCAAAGCCGAAAAUUCCACCGGUACUGAAUGUCGAGGUGCCGAAAAUUGUCGCCGUUUCGGGAAGAACUCAUGAGGCUUGCGAUCUUUUCUUGGAAAAAAUAAAAGAGCAACAGAAAGAUGACGAGUUUGUUGCUCUUGUACACAAUGUACAUAAAAAUAAUAUCGUUGGACACAAUUACCGCGGAUUCCAGAUCUUGGGAAGUGAAAGUGCCAAGGAGAUUGACGAGUAUCAGUCGACGCAGGACCAGAGACCAAUCUGGUACAUUUUCUCCGGCAUGGGAACUCAGUGGGCUGGUAUGGGAAAACAAUUAUUUGGCAUCGAAGUGUUCCAACGCAGUCUCAGACGUUGUGCUGAAGCUUUGAAACCUGAGGGCGUCGACUUACUGAACUUGAUCCUCAAUGGAACGGACGAGACUUUCGAGAGCGUACUCAACAGCUUCGUGUCGAUUGCGGCGAUCCAAGUGGCCUUGGUGGACGUUUUGUCUUUGAUUGGGAUCCAGCCUGACGGUAUUGUCGGUCACUCAGUAGGAGAACUUGGUUGUGCUUACGCUGACGGUACUUUUACUCCCGAGCAAACAGUUCUUGCGGCCUACUGGCGUGGUAAGAGUAUCGAAGAUUCAAAAUUACCGCCCGGUGGAAUGGCAGCCAUUGGAUUGAGCUGGGCAGAAGCCGCUAAAAAAUGUCCAGCAGAUAUUUCACCCGCUUGUCACAACUCAUCGGACUCUGUCACUGUGUCAGGACCCGUCGAGUCAAUCAAGAAGUUUGUCGAACAAUUAAAAGGAGAAGAAAUAUUCGCAAAGGUUGUCAACAGCUCAGGAGUUGCCUUCCACUCAAAAUAUAUCGCUUCUGCUGGUCCAAGACUACGGUCAGUCUUAGAGAAAAUAAUCACCAGUCCUAAGCAGAGAACAUCCCGAUGGAUUUCUUCAUCAAUUCCCGAGUCAGCUUGGGGAACUCCUCUGGCACAACUCAGCUCACCGGCUUAUCACGUAAACAAUUUACUGUCUCCAGUACUCUUCCAAGAGGCACUAAAACACAUUCCCGCAAACGCUAUCACUAUUGAAAUAGCGCCUCACUGUCUACUCCAAGCGAUUCUCCGACGUUCAUUGCCGCCGACUGUCACCAACGUGGGACUUCACAAGAAAGAUCACAGCAACAACUUGGAAUUCUUCUUGACCAACGUCGGUAAACUUUACAACUCAGGUGCCCAGCCAGACUUGAGCAAACUUUAUCCACCAGUCAGCUUCCCAGUCGGUCGCGGUACCCCGAUGAUCAACUCUAUCAUCGGAUGGGAUCACUCAGUUCAAUGGGACGUCGCUGAUUUCUCAGGCAAAGUCGGGGGAUCUGGUGAGACUGUUGUAGAAAUUGAUCUAUCCAAGGAAGAGCAUGCACACAUCGCAGGCCACACUAUCGACGGAAGAAUUUUAUUCCCUGCUACUGGAUACCUUGCUAUUGUCUGGAAGACAUUCGCCAAAUUGCGCGGUAAAGAUUACGAAAAGAUGCCGAUUAUUUUGGAGGAUGUCCAGUUCCACAGAGCAACGAUUAUGCCCAAAGAAGGCCCAGUUAGAUUUUUAAUAAAUAUCUUCGAUGGAACUGGUGGUUUCGAGAUCUGUGAAGGCGGAUCUCCAGCAGUAACUGGAAAAAUCCGCGAGUCUGAAAAUAUUGAGAAAGAUCAAUUGAACCUGCCAAUUCCUACAGUAAAUAAUGAGUCUGAUCUACUUAAUUUGAACACCGGUGACGUCUACAAGGACCUGAGACUCCGUGGGUACGAUUACAAUGGAAUUUUCCAGGGUAUCAAGUCAUCAGAUAACCGCGGAACGGUUGGAGAACUCGCGUGGGUCAAUUGGAUUUCUUUCAUGGAUUGUAUGCUUCAAUUCAGUAUCUUGGGCAAAGAUACAAAAGAUCUUUAUCUGCCAACGAGACUUCAGUACGCGGCUAUAAAUCCUGUCGCUCAUCUCGAGGCUGCUGAGAGCUUAGAAGAAGAGGCUGGAUUCAAAGUGUACUCUUAUCCUGAGAUCGGUAUCAUCAAAUCAGGAGGCGUGGAAUUACGUGGCAUGAAAGCUUCCUUAGCACCACGAAGACAACAGACUCAAGCGGCUCCUAAGCACGAGAGAUACGUCUUCAUUCCGUACGAAAAUCCUCAAGGAGUCGUCGAAGAUCCAACCAAAGCCCGCAUUCACGCUCUGACCGUUUUACUUCAGACCAUCAUCGAGAACUUGGGAGUAAUGAAAGUCAAAGGAGUCGAAGCUGCUGGUGAGAGAAACGCCGAGGGUCUUCUGGCUCCCACUGUAAUGGACAUUCUCUUUGGGGAACCUGCUCUCAGCGCCGACCUUCAAGUUGCCGCGACAUCCCCCGAGAGUUACACGGCAAACUUGGAACAGUGGGACAUCAAAACCAUCGCUAAAGAUUUAUCUAAAACUCCGGUAGGUCAAGAUCUUCAUUUCGUUAUCGGCGCAGACGUUCUUAGCAACGGCAACGCCACAGCGCUGACCAACCUCGCGGCAUCCAUCAAACCCGGCGGAUUUAUUAUCCUAGAAGAAACCGGCACGCCUCAAAAAUCUUAUCUGAAAAACUCCGGACUCGUGUUGGCUGCUAGCCAAACAUCUCCCGGCAAAUCUUAUCUUUUGUUGAAAAAAGUUGAAGAAAAGUCCGAGCCAAUAAUUAUCCAGAUAACGGAAAAAAAUUUCUCGUGGUUAGAAGGCGUCAAGGCAGCUUUGAAAAAAUCUGAAACCGAAAACCAAAAAAUAUUGUUGGUCUCCCAAGGUGAAGAAUUACUUGGUUUGAUUGGUUUGAUGACUUGUAUUCGUCGUGAAGCCGGAGGUCAGAAUGCGCGAUACGUAUUCAUUCAGGACAAAAACGCGCCUAAAUUUUCGCUUUCAAAUGCUUUCUACUCAUCACAAUUGGACAAGCAAUUGAUGUCAAAUGUACUGAAAGGCAACCAGUGGGGAAGUUACCGUCACUUGCGCAUGGAUUCACAGACUGACGUUUCAUCGUUACAAGUAGAGCAUGCAUACAUAAACGCACUUACGCGAGGUGAUCUGAACAGUCUGAGGUGGAUUGAAGGCCCACUGAGUUUCUAUCAACCGGAAAAAUACCCAGACAGUGAGCUCUGCCACGUCUAUUAUGCGCCACUUAAUUUCCGUGAUAUCAUGUUGGCCACUGGAAAGCUUCCUCCAGAUGCGCUGCCAGGUGAUUUGGCUGGACAAGACUGUAUUCUGGGUCUAGAGUUCGCUGGAAGAGAUAGCAAAGGCAGACGUGUCAUGGGAAUGGUGGCAGCACGUGGUCUCGCUACGACUGUUUUAGCUGAUCCAGGUUUCAUGUGGGAAAUUCCCGAGAAAUGGAGUCUCGAAGAAGCUGCAACGAUUCCCGUCUGCUACGCCACGAGUUACUACGCACUAUUUGUACGUGGAAGACUACAACCUGGUGAAAGUGUUCUGAUUCACGCUGGUUCAGGAGGAGUUGGGCAGGCAAGUAUCGCUAUUGCGUUACACGCUGGAUGCAAAGUUUUCACGACAGUUGGGUCCCAAGACAAACGCGACUUCUUGAAGAAGACGUUCCCUCAGUUAACGGACAGAAAUAUUGGCAAUUCUCGUGACACCAGCUUCGAGCAGUUGAUUUUGACUGAGACCAAAGGUCGAGGUGUUGAUGUAGUACUGAACUCACUUGCUGAAGAGAAGUUACAGGCAUCAGUGAGAUGUCUUGCUAAGGACGGGCGCUUUUUGGAGAUCGGUAAAUUUGACUUGAGCAACAAUACUGGUCUUGGAAUGUCAUUCUUCUUGAAAAACACGAGCUUCCAUGGUAUUCUUUUGGACGCACUCUUUGGAACUGACUCCGUUGAGAAGAAGGAAGUCGUUAAAUUGGUGUCUGAAGGUAUUGUCAAUGGCGCUGUGAGACCUUUGCCCGCCACAGUAUUUUCCGAGCAACAGAUUGAACAAGGAUUCAGAUACAUGGCCAGCGGUAAACAUAUUGGUAAAGUUUUGCUGAAAAUCCGCGACGAAGAGACUCGCGGAAUCGCCCAACCUGGUCCUAAGACAGUGGCAGCUAUUCCACGUACGUACAUGAGUCCAGACAAGAGCUACGUCCUCGUCGGAGGACUCGGAGGAUUCGGAUUAGAACUCGCCAACUGGAUGAUCACCCGCGGCGCUAAACACAUCGUUUUGACAUCUAGAUCGGGUAUCAGAACUGGCUACCAGUCAGUUUGCGUCCGUCGCUGGCGGGAAAUGGGCAUCAACAUCUUCAUCUCCACUGCUGACGUCACAACACCCCAGGGCGCUGAGAAAUUGAUCGCCGAGUCAAGUAAAAAUGUUCCAGUCGGUGGUAUAUUUAAUUUAGCAGCAGUACUACGUGAUGCGUUGAUCGAAAACCAAGAGGAAGCUCACUUCAAAGCUGUCGCACUUCCCAAAAUUGAUGGUACCAAGAACCUGGACACUGCGUCACGAAAAAUGUGCCCAGCUCUCGACUACUUCGUUGUCUUCUCGUCAGUCUCAUGUGGACGUGGUAAUGCCGGACAGACAAAUUACGGACUCGCCAACUCAGCUAUGGAGAGAAUCUGCGAACAAAGACAAGCCAACGGACUCCCAGGUCUUGCUAUCCAAUGGGGAGCUAUCGGCGACGUCGGUCUUAUUCUCGAGACCAUGGGCAACAAUGACACCGAAGUCGGAGGUACUUUGCCUCAAAGAAUGGCCAGUUGUCUCGCCACCAUGGACACAUUCCUCCAACAACCUCACCCGGUGCUGGCCUCAAUGGUGCUCGCCGACAAACACAAACUCGGUGACGCCGGAAGUCAAGUCAGUAUUCUCGAAGCCGUUGCUCACAUCCUGGGUAUCAAGGACGUAAAGACAGUCAACAAAUCCAGCAGUCUCGCAGACUUGGGAAUGGACUCACUGAUGGGCACUGAGAUUAAACAAACUCUCGAGAGAAAUUACGAUUUAGUUUUAUCAGCUCAAGAAAUUCGCGGACUUACUUUCGCAAAACUUACGACUCUCGCCAACGGAGGCGAAGAAGUUACGUCUCGCACCAACUCACCAAGCAAAAUUGGAUCUCCACGGUCACCACGUAGUCCAGAUCAGAUGGACGACUCGCUGUUAUUCCAGUGCUCAGGAACUGAAAUCGUACCUCACGAAGCAGUUUUGCGGUUAAACAGCGACAAAAUAACCGGCAUGCCGAUAUUCUUCGUCCACGCGAUCGAAGGGACAAUUUCAAACAUGAAGAGUCUCGCCGUCAUGUUCCAAAGACCCGUCUACGGACUCCAGUGUAUAAAAGACGCACCUCUAGAGUCUAUUGAGGAUCUCGCUCAAUUUUACGUCGAACAAAUAAAGUCAAUCCAAAAGAAAGGACCCUACACAUUAAUUGGUUACUCCUUUGGUGCCUGCGUCGCCUUCGAAAUGGCCCUGCAACUUGAGAGUCAGGGUGAAACAGUGACACUUAAUCUAAUUGAUGGAUCUCCAGACUACGUCAACAAACACAGUCAAACUAUUGGCAAACAUGCGACGCAAUCUGGUUCAACUCUCGAGGCUGAUGGAGAACGUAAAGCCCUUGCUUUCUUCAUAAGGCAAUUAAAUGCAGACGUCAACUUCAUCAAGGCGUACGCUACUCUUAGAGACAUAGAAAGUCAUGAAGAAAUGAUGGACAAAAUGCUGGAACUUAUUGGACCCACACCUUUUGAAGGCGAGGAUCUUAAAGUUGCUGGUGUAUUGUUCUUCAAAAAAUUAUAUGCUGCCAAUAUGUACAGACCGGCGGGGAAAUUCGAUGGUGUUGUUACCCUAAUUAAAUCAUCAGACAGUUUUAUGUCGCUGAGUCCCGACUACGGACUAGCUGAGUACUGCAAUAAGAAUGUAAAAGUAGAAGAAGUAUACGGCAAUCACAGGACAAUUAUGACAGGCGACAGUCUAAAGAAAAUGGCAGACAUAUUAAGCGCGUAAAUCAGAAGGUCAAUAAAUGUGACAGGUGAAAAUCAUUCCAAACAAAGUUUAACUAAAGAAAACAAACCCGCACUAAAAAUAGAUUAAUUUAAUAUAAUUAAAUUAAUUAAGUAUCUAAAUAAUUAUUUUUAAAUCCGUCAACUCAAUUCCUCGUGUAUAAAAACGAUACCAAGUUACCCGAUGUUUAAUAAUUUUUGGAUUUUUUUCAAAUCAAUUACAAAAAAAAAAAAUUUUUAAUUGCACCUAUAGCUUUUUUAAUUUUCUACAUGUGCAUAUUUUUUUUUUUUUUUUUUUUGUAAUUGAUUUGGUGGAAAAAAAUUCAAAAAUUUAAAUCAUCUUCUAACUUCAGGGUCAUGUAUAAAAACAUUCGCGAGAAUCCUCAUCAAGCCAAGCCAUCAACCUAGAAUAAGUUCAUCCUCUUAUUAUACAUACAUAUAUAUAAACAUAUAUAUUUUUUUUUCAUCAUUACAAAAUAAAGACAUCAGCAUUUAAUUUUUACGAUUAAUCUGUUGUACUGCAUAAGUAAAGUGUCCACGCGAUUUUUAAAUUUCGCUCAGUGGACAGGGCGGGAUUUUGAAAUUGUAUGGAUCACUGUAUUUAUUAUUAUUAUUAUAUUAACCGCCAUAUCUCACGAGAGUAUCGAGGAUCACAUAAUGAAUACUUGCAUAGGAAAUAAAUCAUUAAAUAUUAAUAAAUAAUAAUAAUAAUAAUUACAUAUAUUAUUUAUUAUUAAAAAUGUUUAAAUUGAUUAUCGUUUUUUAAAAUAUUAAAUUUUCAAAUGUAAGUUAACGUUAAAGUUUGUAAUAUACUUCUGUAUAAUGUAAAAAAUAUUUCUUUAUAUUUUUUUAAAAGCAUUUCUUUGACCUUCUUGUAGAUAUAUAGAUAUAAAUAUAUACAUAUAUCUAUAUAUUAUGAUGAAUUCGCCUUGAUUUUAUUGUGAUUUAGCGUAAUUAUCGUCUGUUGUUAUUAGCAGGUGUGUUCUUAAAUGUAUGACUAAUUUUUUUCAUAACAUACUACUACUAUAUACUACAUAAUAAAUAUAUACUACUGAUACUAAUUAAAUAAAUACUAAUACUAAAAUAAAUAAAUAUUAUAAUUGUAAUUUUAAGACACGAUUGGGACCGCCACAAUUUAAUGGUCUUAAUUUUUAAGUAUAAAUGUAAUAAAAAAUAUGUCCCAAUUUUAUAUAUUAA